AUGGCCCCGAUCACUUUCCGACGGACAACACCUCCACCCGAGUCCACUUAUACUCAAAUAACGAACGAAGAAGACGUAGAGGCAAUCGGUAGCCACUGCCAACUCGAAUACUGUGGCCAGCUCGAUUUCCUCCCCUGUCGCUGCCUAUCCUGCAAGGGCACAUUUUGCGCCGAACACCGCUCCGAAACAUCACACAAAUGUCCUCGCGCAGGCGAAUGGGCUCGCCGCCGAAACGGCAACACCAAUAACCAAGAAAACCGCGCAUCUCCACCAACGGAAAAGCCUACCAUCUACAACUCGGAUCAGUGCUACCACGUCUCCUGCAAAUUACUUAUCGACACAGCUGGAGCCCCCGCUGUCCGAUGCCAAAACUGCAACCAUAAAUACUGUGUCAAACACCGACUCCCUGAACAACAUGAUUGCGCCAAGAUUACCCCACUCGGAGCACGGCAAACCAACGGGCAAACAGCGAACGAGACGAUCAAAUCCAUGUUUUCGCGCGUGCGCACAUGGGGCAAGGAUACACAAGCUGCCAGUGCGAAUCUGAUUCCGAAACCGAAGCUUAAGCCUGGUAGCGCUGCGGCCAGGGCCGUUGGCGUGAAUACUAUGAAGAGGACGGCGAAGGGCCAGGCAAAUGUCCCAGUUGAUAAAAGAUUAUAUUUGCAUACGGUUGGAACGGCAGAUACACAGGCUGCGCAGCCACCGUCUGGGGACUUCUAUUUCGACUCGAGCUGGAAGGUUGGUCGCGUGCUCGAUGAUGUGGCAAAGAGGCUGCAUGUUCAAAACUUGAACAAUCGGGUUGGAGGAGAAGAAGCCAAAUUACGGAUAUUCCAUGUGGAAUCUGGGGAAUUCCUCCAAUUCUCAGAUUCGAUUGGUGCGAAAGUGAAGCAAGGAGAUACGAUUGUGUUGUUACGAGGUGCUGGGGCAAUUCUCGAGAAGUCAUGA